GGUCGUCGGUGGCUUCGCUUCCCCUGGCAAACCCUGGCAGCAAUUAGCAUCCUCGCGGAGGUACCCACGCGAACUUUCGUCCCAUCCCGUUAACAAGAUACCGUAAAAUAUGCCGCCGCAAGCGAACGUGGUGCCGAAGCAGCCGAAGGAGAAGCUCGAGACACCGACGAGCGGGAUUAACGCCGUUCUGUUGGGACCACCCGGUAGCGGCAAAGGCACUCAGGCCCCGCUAUUCAAAGACAGAUACUGCGUAUGUCAUCUGUCCACGGGCGACAUGCUGAGGGCCGAGGUCAGCUCUGGUUCUGCCCUCGGAGCUCGGAUUAAGAAGGUAAUGGACGAGGGCAAAUUGGUCAGCGACGACUUGGUGGUUAGCAUGAUCGAGACCAAUCUGGAGAAACCCGAGUGCAAGCGUGGCUUCUUGCUGGAUGGCUUUCCGAGGAGCGUGCCUCAAGCGGAGAAGCUCGAUGAAAUGCUCAACAAGAGGAAAACAAAGCUUGACGCCGUGAUUGAGUUUGGUAUCGAGGACAAGUUACUGAUCAGAAGAAUCACGGGUAGGCUGAUACAUCCAGCUAGUGGUAGAUCGUACCACGAGGAGUUUGCUCCUCCCAAAGUUCCCAUGAAGGACGACAUCACCGGGGAACCUUUGAUCAAGAGAUCUGACGACAAUGAGGAAGCUUUGAAAAAGCGAUUAAACACAUAUCACACGCAAACCGCGCCUCUCGUCGACUACUACGCUCUACAAGGGAUCCAUUACUACAUUAAUGCAGCUCAGUCCGCUGAAAAAGUCUUUAAGGAUAUCGAUCAGGUCUUCCUGAAAACUUCCACCACGAAGAAGGGCUUCUUUAGCAGAUUUUUCUAGAACACACUGCCAAUAGAAGUACUUUCCAAAAUGUUCUUUUUUUUUUAAUUUUAUUCUUUAAUUCCACCUGAAAGAAACAGAGAUAAUUGUGAACAUGUUGAAAUAGCGUUUCAGUUAUCUAACGCUUGUCUAAUAAGAGUAAUUCGCGUCUCGAUAUUAAUCCUAGUAACAUUUUAGUAACACGUCACGUUUACAAGGAUCACCGUAAAGGAUACGUCUCGUGACAAUACGUAAAACGAAGAUAUGUAGCAGUAUUUUAUAGACACCAUAUUCUAGAGAGGUAUAAGGUGCUACAAUCGUGGAUCAAAUGCACACGAUUUAUCGAAGCUAAGAAUGUAAAAUAAUAUGCCUAUCACAUUAGCUUAGUAAAGAGACCGACAUUUGUAUAUAGUCGUUAAAGAGUAUUCCGAUCCGUUGUUACCAUAUACAUAUAUUGUGUGCGUGAUAUUGUCUGCUUUAUAACUUUAUUAAAGUUUAUAUUGAGACAGACUUUUAUAUAUUACGACGUAUUUUUGUUUUCUUUUACCGCGAGAGUUUAUCUGAUUAAAGAUUGAAGUAUGCGAAACAACGGCGAGGAAACGAGCACGGCGACCACGCUAUCUACAAAUGCGCACAUUUUUUUUUAGUUCUCGAUAUUUUAUUUGAUUAUUUUUAGCGUUAAACGCGAUCGACCUAUCUUGAUUUUUUUUAUCUUGGAAGAUUUUGAAGAUCGAGUGGCAAAAUUUUCAAAAUGUUGAUAUCUUUUUGCUCAUACAAUCGAACGAAAGAACGAAUCAUAAUCAUCUCAAAAUAGAUAAAAAAUUUUGAGUUAAUUAUAAUUCUUGGAUUGAUAAUAAUAAUAACGUCUAACUGCCACGAUUAAUAGAUAAACGUGGGAUUUGUGUAUGCGGACCUACGAUUGCAUUGCGCCUCUUCGACGUGUUAGGAGAAACAGUAUCAAAAACGUGCAAGAGUAACUCUAUGGAUACGCGGAAGAACAUUUGCGAAGUCACUCCUCGAAAACACGAUUUUACGAGAGUACGGACAAAGCGCAGCGCAAAUUAGAGACCUAUUUUACAUAGAAAAAGAAAGCAGAUAGAUAUAUUUUUUCUGGUACACUAUAGGCAUCCUAUGUAUGUAUAUAAAACUAAAAAUUCCAAUAUUUUCCGAGAAAGAGAGAGACAAAUGUAAAUCUGUAGAAGAAUAAAUCACACGUGAAGUUCUUCAUGUUAUCUCAAAAUGA